AUGGGUGCCAAACAGAGUUCGCCCGAAUUAAGUUUGGCCGAGAAAAGGUAUCGGGUCAGCUCGCCCAAGAGCAAACGCAGGUCCAGACGAGAAGAUGGGGCACUCCGGAUACGAGCAGCACCUUCGAUCCGGUAAUUGACUAAAAAAUUUAAGCUAUUUUUCUUUCAAGAAAGUAAAAAUUUUAUAAAUAACAUAAAUUAUUGUGUUAUUAUACAGAAGCGAACGGGCGCCAUCGCCAGAUCCCUUUUCAUUGCCAACGAACAGCGUUCAGCACUCCAAAUCAGCAAUAGAUGUGGGAACGGCGACCAGAUUGAGCCCCAAUCCAUCAGAAAGCUCACCGGGAAUCCCCCCAUUAAGCCCGUUUUUCGCGGAUCAGCAAGACAUUCUGAAUAAGGCCCAAAAACAUUUGAUUGAGACCAGCUGGAAACGAGCCAGGAAGGUAAGAUUUAUUCUUUUUUUUUCAAAAUAUUAAUACCCCAAAAUAAAAAUGAUCGUAUUUUAGACGGGCGCAGAUAACGUUGGAGCCAAGAUCUUCCUGCUGAUCCUCACCGCCGAACCAGACAUGAGAAUGAUAUUUGGUUUGGAAAAAGUGCCUCAGGGCCGGCUAAAAUACGAUCCAAGGUUCCGAAAACACGCCUCCGUUUUUACGAAAUCGUUCGAUUAUGUGGUAAAAAACCUCGAUUUCGUUGAGAAAUUGGCUCAACAUUUCCAAGUAAGUCGAGAUUUUCUAAUCAAAAAUAAUUUUCUGAUAAAAUGCGCAAUUAAAACUUUUUUUCAAAAUAACCGCAUGGCGAACACAAUGAUGACAUGCUUAGGACUUAAAAUUAAUCUUCCGGAAUUGAAUAAAAUUCGGAUUGCGAACGAAUUAAAUUACUCCAAAUUACUUUUAUUUCUGCAGACCCUGGGGAAGAAACAUGUCCAACUGCAGAGCCGCGGCUUCCAGACACAAUAUUGGGAUGUUUUCGCGGAAUGCAUGACCCAAACGGCAAUCGAAUGGGAAGCUGGGAGGAAGUGCAGGGAAACCAUGGGAGCGUGGAGACUGCUGGUACGUUGUAUUCGUUACUGGACAUGAUUUUAGGACCAAAAAAUAGGUAACUCAAUGCAAUUAUCGUAUCAUCCUACCGUAUUUUAUGAUAUUAUUUUAGGUCGGGUUUAUCAUAAAACACAUGAGGAUUGGGUUUGAUCGAGAAAAGCAGAUCCGAAAACGAUUCUCGGCUUCAAUUAUGGGUAUGCCGACCAUCAUGAGGUCUCAGUCCAACUCCAUGUCCCAGAAACCACUUAUUCACACACAUUCCAACGAUUUGGAGGGACUAAAGGUGCAUAGUAACAACGAAAGAUCGGCUUCUUGGUUCGCGGAAGAGAGGGAAUUCAGUGAGGAGUUCGGGAAAUUGAAACUCAAAACAGGUGUAAGUUGUUUUACAAAAUUCAAACACAAAAAAAAUCUAGGUUUUUGUCCUCGGGCCAGAGCUUUCAGAUAUUGAUGGAGAAAGCGAAAUUAAAAUAUUCGAGGCCACAAUCUCAAGGUUUGCGGAAAUCACCGAGAUUUUUAGGCCAAAAAAAUCAAAAUAUGACAUUUUUUGGCGUUUUUCAAUUUGAAAAAUAGGAGUACAUUAUUUCCAUAAAAGGUUAGUCCUACUAUAAUAGUAGAAAAAUCUUAUUUUCAUUGAACGUCACCUUCCAUAGUACAUCGCCAAAAAAUUUGCUUGGCUAUGGAAAAAUUUUUAGAGCUAAAAUUUUCAGAAAUUGUAAUACGGCCAUCAUAGAAAAUAUAUGCCAAAUUAACUCCGUAACUCCAAUCAUUACAUCUGACAUUUUUAAUUAUAUUUUGUAUGAUUUCAGUGCCCAGAAAGAGACCUUUCUCCCUCAUCAGGCGACUUCUUUACCCCUCCAUCAACUCGUCGACGGGAAGAGGAGAAAAAAUUCUUCAGCCGAAAUACGAACUUUCCCACAUAA